AUGACAUGUGGAGGACACUUCCAGAACAGAUACAGUAUAAUGUAGCAUGACUGAUGUAUAUUAUUCAGCUAAUUGUUUGAAAGUUCAUCAAUCACAAAAGAGCCCCAAGCUGUGUGUCACUAACCCCAGCUCUGCCUGUAGUGUAGAGAAUGUGGAGCUGAAAAACUUGCCCUUCGGACCAGGAAAUGACCUGCUGAUCAAAGGUACCCCUAACGCCAAUGCAAAAUGUUUCUCAGUCAACGUGGGCCACUCUGCCAGUGAAGUUGGGCUGCACAUAUCCGUGCGCUUCGACGCAGAAGGUGAAGUCAACACCAUCGUCUUGAACUCCAAGCAGGGCGGCGUUUGGAAAGACGAGCAGAGGGCGGCAUCAUUCCCCUUUAAGGAAGGGAAGGAGUUUCAGAUGACCAUUACCAACGGCAGUAGUGAAUUCUUGGUUAACCUACAUGAUGGUCAAAUCAUUCAUUUUCCCAACCGUCCGGCUAACAAGACAUACGAAUAUGUUUUUGUCCGGGGAGAUGUCAAAGUCGAUCGCCUACAAGUAAAUUAAACACAAAUCAGAAGGUGCAAGACAUCCCCUUUCUGGCUACUGAUUGGCUGCUCUGCUUCCUCUGUCCUUCCUACAGCCAUGGUUAGGCUGCAUUUUGUCUGCCCCUCCUGAACAUCAAUGCAUUUUAUUUUGUGCCUUUGCACCAUUGCUUUGGUGUCUGUGCAAAUGUACUGAGUAUGAGAAUCAUUCCAGCUUUGACAAUAAAAAAAUUAGCUUGAGCAAA